GUUUUUACCCGAGAACAGAAAAUAUCUAUUGCAGUACAACGUUUUGUACCCUAUGGCUCAAAUGUGCAGCACGUUCAUAAUAAAACUCAUAAAUAUAACAAAAUGAAGUUCUGUGAAGUGAUACUUAUCUUGACAUGUUCUGUUUUCUUUGUUUCUUGUGGAAAAAAUGGCUCUGAAAUUUUGAAUGGACAUUGUUUAAAAUGUGACACUGGGGUUAAUAAGGGUCAUUCGCAAAGAUGUAUGCCGGAAUCAUAUGAAUGUCCUAAUCCUCCAAAAUUGGAACCCAAUCUAAAUCUACCCAAUCAUGAGAAAGAAACAACAACAAUUUCAAAUGUAAAAUUUUCGCCCCACAUGGCAAGUUAUCCUUAUUCACCAAUACCGCAUUGUAUAGAAACUACUUUUAUAGUUCUUCGUUGGAAAACAUCCCCUCAGCCUGGAGUUUACUACUAUAUUCGAUAUUACAAUGCCAAAAAUAGAAAUAUACGCUUCGAAUCUAAUGUGACGCAAUGUGGAUAUAUGACGCUUUUCGAUCUAAAACCGGACACUUUGUACAGCAUACAACUUGUAACUUCAAAAGUUCCAACUGAUAGAUCCUCUGUACACCAAAAGUAUAGUAGGUAUAUCAAAUUACGUACAAGGAAAGAACAUGUAAUACCUAGACAAGUCCAUCAAUUUUGGAUUGACAAAUGGAUUCUUGACGACCACAAGUAUACAAUUCAGGUGAAAUGGGAGAAAUCAAAAGAUCGUAGUUGCUUUUAUAAAUUAACUUAUUUUUCGAAUGGUGAGUGGAAUAAUGAAUUGGACAUAAGUGAGCCUUUAAUAAAUGACGAAUGGAAUAUAACAAAUAUACAAUUUGGAACUUACUAUACAAUAUCAAUAACCGCUUAUACAUCUCCCGAUGAUUUUCCAGUUUUAGAAAGUCCAAAAAAGUGGAUAAAUAUCACAACUCCUACUUGUUUGAAUGUCUUCAAUAAAAUAGACGAUUGCAUUCCAGAUAUGCCACAGAAUCUUGAAGUUAGAGAAUAUCUACUCCAGAACGUAAAAGAUAAGAUAUGUUAUAACGUUACUGUGCAGUGGGAAAAACCCCAUUACGACCCAUACUAUUACACAGUCAUAAUAAAAUUAUGGGAUAUCAAUACAACAUUGUCAUAUAAUAUAACCGGUAACAGCACAUCAUUUACGUUAUCAGAAAUUCAACUAACACCUAAUUAUGAUGUCAUAGUUAUCGCUUUCUCCACUAGAGGUGCAAGUCCUCCAGCUGUGAUUCACAAACAACGAUCAUCAAAUUUUACUACAGAAGAAUAUGAAGGAGAAGAUAUUCCCAGUUCUUCUGAAUCAAUGGAAGUUAUUUUAAUUAUAGGAAGUUCAAUGAUUUUGAUUUGUUUAGCAGCAUUGUUUGGACUGAAGAUAUAUUUACCAAUACGGCUAAAAAAUCAUAAAAGAGAAACUAAAGAGAAAUCUUCAAUACACAAUGAUUUAACUGCAAACAAAAUUAAACAAAUAAAAAUGGAUAAAUGGGAAAUAGAUACACAGAAGCUUGUGAUUAAAGAGAUUUUGGGUGGCGGUGCUUUUGGAGUGGUACGUAAAGCCUUGUACUAUCGAGAAAAGAAAGAAGAAAUCGCUGUUGCCAUUAAAAUGUUGAGAGAAAAUCCAACUUCAGAAGAAAUCGAACAGUUCCAUCAUGAGAUUCAGUUAAUGAAGUCUGUUCCUGAUCAUCCUCAUUUGGUUUCAUUAGUUGGUUGUGUUACACAAGACCAGCUCUUACUAGUUGUCGAAUAUUGUGCAAAAGGAGAUCUGCAAAGUUAUUUACGGGUGGCAUCGGAUAAGAUUUUGAAAGCUAAUCUACUCGCCCAAGGAGAUGAUUAUGUGGAGAGGUCAGUGUUCAAUAAAAUGUACGAAUUUGAUCAACUAAACCUUAACGACAUUCCAGAAACCAAGGAUCUUAUUUCAUUUGCCAGACAAGUUUCUUUAGGAAUGGAAUAUCUAUCAUCUUUAAAAAUGAUUCAUCGUGACUUGGCAGCAAGAAAUGUUUUGAUAACUGCAAAUAAUAUUGCCAAAAUAUCAGAUUUUGGUUUGAGUCGUGAUGUUUACUAUAAUAACAUGUAUUGUAAAUCGACCGGUGGAAAACUUCCGAUUCGUUGGAUGGCUUUGGAAUCUAUGACCCAUCAGAUAUACACAACUCAAAGCGACGUUUGGUCUUUUGGAAUACUUUUAUGGGAGAUUAUAACUAUGGGUGGUACUCCUUAUCCGGGAAUACCCACGCAUGAUAUUAUGGACAUGUUAAAAGUUGGCUACAGAAUGAAAAAACCUGACAAUUGCAGAGAUGAAUUAUAUUAUCUAAUGUGUAAAUGUUGGGAUGAACAACCCAGCAGUCGUCCAUCGUUUACAGAGCUCAGAAAAUCGCUUGAUGAACUACUAGUUUUACAUUCAAAUUAUGUGAAUUUAGAUAAACGAAGCAUUUAUAAAGAAAAAGAGGUUAUAGUUGAGAACAUAAAACCGCUAAAGAGGUAGAAUUAACUGUUUAUGCUCUGGAGCGAUACAGUAUUACACUUUUUAAUUUAAACAUAGAGGUACAUUCAGAAACUAUAAAUAUAAGUGAUUUUGUGUCUUAAGCCAUUAGAUGCUACUUACCAAAUGUACAGUUAAAAGGGCUAUUUGGAUGUUACUAAAGUGGAUAUGGGAAAUAUUAAUCCCUUAGAGAAUUUUAGUAAUAUAUACCUAAGAUAUACUAUUCUUAAGAAAAAGUUUAUAAUCUAUUUUGAAGGCAUACCCAAUAAUUGCUGCUGCAACACAACAUUUAACACAGAUAAAGAAGGAAAAUAGAAAGAUUUUACAAGAAUUCCUAUCAUAGACACACAUGUACGAAAGAAAAAAACGUCACUAAAAAGAAAAAUAACAAA